AUGUUUUCUAUCGGUCCUACGGCGCUGUACUGGGCGCGCCAGGUCGGGCACCGCUACUUUCACCAGUUUGGAAUACACUGCGCGACACACCAGAUCCGGGUCAUCCUCAUUUCCUGCGUGGUCAUUACCUCGCUCUUCUACCCCGCCCUCGCAAUCUACUCCUCGUCCCAACCACAGUUCAUCGCCCAUAUUUCUUCGCGCAUCCUCGACUCCUUUCGCUCCGUCGAGGGCUCCGGCUACCACACUUACGGCGACAUCCGCAACCUCUGGACGGGGCUCGAGUCGCUCAGGAUUAUCGAAGACCCCGUCGCGAGAGCGCGAUGCGGCAAUGAGCGCACCCUGCGCGUCGAGCGGGUGCUCGUACACAGUCCGGACGAGGCGGGGGCGUUAGAUGUGCAGGUGCUCUUAUCAACACUCGCACUAGAGAAACGGAUACACGCGCUCCUCCCCGCGCAUGGCCUUUCAUGCCUGAAGACACCCGACGGGUCGUGCCUCACCAUCUCGCCCUCAGCAUUCUGGAAUCACGACGAGGACCGCAUCCGCGCGGACCCCGACGUCCGCGAGACCCUCAGCCUUACGAAGAACACGAGCGUCGCGGGUAUACCGGUGCUCCCGCUCAUGGUUCUCGCCGGGCGCGAGCUCGACGCCCACACGGCUACCAAGGUUGAGUAUGCCGCGGCGCUCGUCCUGACCUACUUCUUCCCUGAGACGGACUGCACGAGCAUGUCCGGGCACGCCGCGUUCACGCAGGCUGUUUCCGACGCAGUUGCUGACGGACAGGCGCAAGUAGUUCCGGAGUUCCAGAGCCCCACGCUCAUUGCGCUCGAACACGACGAAACCACCUCGCGUGUCCGUUCGAACGUCGUAUCUAUCUUCCUCUACUUCGCAUAUCUCAUCUACCUAGUCUGGUUCGCACGAUCGAUCAGGCGCGUCGACGCGGUGCACUCCGUCGUCGGUUUGGCAUUCACGGGAGUCGUCGAGAUGCUCGUCAGUACGAUCACCAGUCUUUCCGUGUGCGCAAUUGUGGGUUUCAAGGUGACGAUGGUCCCAUGGGCCAUGCUGCCGGUCGUGAUUCUAUUUAUCGGUACAGAGAACAUGUUCAGUCUUGUCGACGCCGUAGCAAAGACAUCCAUCGCCCUCCCCGUUAAAGAGCGCAUCGCGGAGGGACUGAGCAAAGCCGGCACGUCCAAUACGCUCAAAUCCAUCUCGUACAACGCCAUCCUCGGCGUCAUCGCGUUCUUCGCGCACGGCGUGAUCCGGCAAUUCUGCGCCUUCGCCGUGGUGGUACUCGUUGCACAUUGGUUCCUGGUGCAUACGUUCUUCACGACCGUGCUGAGCAUCGAUAUCCAGCGGCUGGAGCUGGACGAGCUGCUCCGGCAGGAUUCGAGCCUGGCGCCGAGCGACCCAGCGCGCACUGCGACGCCCGUGAUGCAUGCGACGACUCGGUGGAGGAAGACGGUCGUUGCGGCGAAUAAUCUGCUCAAGGGCCGGGCGACGAAGAAUUUGAGUCUCGUUUUGCUCCUCGCGGUGACAGCAACACUCUACUACGCGACCUAUCCCACCAGCGCGCGCGAAGAACCCGCGCUGGGCUUCCCGCACGCGCAGAACCGUGCCAAGGCCGUUGCACACACCAAACCGGACACGCACUCCCCCGCCUCCAACAUAUGGCACAUGCUCAACCCCGCGGGCGACCCGCUGGUGCACCUGCGCAUCGAGUCGCCCACAAUCGUCGUCCUCACGCCCGACGGCACGCCCGAGCCCCGCCCGCGCCCCUCCGCCUCCCGGCCGGUCGUCUGGCUGCUCAAGAUCGUCGUCGUGCCCAUCGCGGCGACGACGGGCGCGCUGUACGGGCUGCUGUUGUACCUGCUUAAGGACGCGGAGCUGCUCGAGGCGCAGCGCAACCGCGUCGGGCCCGAGGUGGACGAGGGGAAGCGCGAGGACGAGGGCCUCGCGGAUGUCGAUGCGAGCUUUGGGGCCCUGCCGCGGGCGUUCGAGUCGGAUGUGGAGUUGCUCGCGGCGAGUAGGGACGGGCGGAUCGUCGUGGCUGUUGGGCUGGAUAAUAGCGUUGCGGUGUGGCAUCCCGAGAGGGAGGGCGCGGUGUGCUUUGAUAAGGCCGAGGAUGCGUGCUCGAGCAGUUCGGUGCAUGCGGUGACGGCGCUGGCUGUUGAUGAACACGGGGAGUAUUGCGCAGUGGGGACUGGGAGUGGGGAAGUGAGCGUUUGGUCGAUCCGAAAAGGGGCGCCUGCGUCGCUGCCAACGUUCGCGGGGGAGACACCGGCGGCAGGUGUCACAGAGCUCCACUUCCUCACGAAUCCCAGUAGACCCGGUGGGAGGCCUGGUAAUGGGCAGCAUCCACCGUGCUUGGUCGUCAUCCAUGAGAGCAGGGUGGCGAUGAAGUGGGUCUGGGAUCAAGAUAUGCGGCCUCACGCGGUGCAGAUUCCGACCUCCGGCCAUGCUGCUGUCGUGAAGAUCAUGUAUAUCGCCUUGCCUUCACGCGACACGUCCGUUGUAUGUUUCUGCUUGGAAGACGGGAUACUGGAGCUGCACGAUCUGUCGCCCUUCGAGUCUUUGCCAAAAUUACUCGCUUCGUUGUCUGCGGGGAAUCCUGAAGACACUGUCGUCCAAGUACAUGCUCUCUCCCUGGAUAUCGGCGGACAGAACAGACUCAUCGUCGCUGCCGGGACGUAUGCGGGAGUGGUCUCUGUUUGGGACGCCUCGGGCGGCGAAUGCAUCUGCGUGCUGGACGAUGUGUACGGCGACAUAAGCAAGCUACGGAUGACAACCGUCCCUCGAAAGACGUGUCCGCUUUGUGGAGAACUCCCGCCCGAGAACUUCUCCCUGUCGGUAUCGGUAGGCCAUCUGAUUGUAUUCCACCGCAUAUAUGCGUCUGUCGAAGAAGGAAGGCGAUGUUCAUGUCCGCGCACACCUGGGCCGCAAACCUCUUCAAGACAUACUCUGCUGGGCAGGCGCUCUCGGAGUAGCAGCCAAACGUCCAUUGUAAGUUUGUCCUCCCCGAACACGAUGCGCCAACGCCUGCCGUCAAUGAGCGAGGAUGCUUUGUUCCCCGUCUCCGGGCACGGCCACCACUCACGAAGGUCUUCCGAGAAGGAUAUGCUCCGACGCGCCCCGGAGACUCUUGCUGUUCCCCUUGACGGCGCGGAAAACGGGGCUGCGCAUAAUAUCGGACUGGAGUGCCAGAAGUCGCGGUACUGGCAGCAAGCGGUGGUCACGAGGACGAGUGACACGACGUGCGAGAGGGGAGGGUGGGAUGUGGCGGAUGGGAACGUCGUUGGUGUGCGGCGGAAACCGCGGUCGGCCGCGAACCCGAAGGACAAGCGACAUGACCCGGCCGGCGCGAAGACACGCUCUGGGUUGUCUCCGGCGACUCUUGACAGAUGGGAGUUCUGGUUGUUUGAGCCGUCGUCCGCGCUCCUGCGGGUCUCGCCUUUGUCCGCGCUCGAGCGCCACGGUAGUGCUGAAGGGGACGGUCAAGGGUCGCCGGGGAAGCAGCCGUCAUGUUUGCCUUUCACGCGCGUAUCUCCUGUUGUAGGGGGUCGGACGUUUUGUUUAGCUGGGUUUGGGAAUACGGUUGGUCUCUUCAACCUGGCUCCUGGCAGCGCCUAAGAUUGCUCGUGCUUUGCUCUGAGUUAUAUAUGUAUCAAUAUCAUGACUGGGAUAAGUAAAUGCUAGAUUGUAUCUAUCUAACAAUGUACUCACAGGUAGGAUAAUCGUUACUCACAAAGACCUGUAAAUGCUUCCUUAGAAUUUCUGGCUUGAAAUUGAAUCCGAC